GGGGAACGCUUAGCGGGCUGGUGUGGCUUCCGUGUGGACUGGGAGUGCGUGCCAACCAUUCGCUGGCUUGGCUUCUGUCUGUGCCUCUGCUCCUUCCCGCCUUCAAUGCUGCCGGGCCGGCUCAUUUUGGCCGCUAAUUAAUAUGGUGUCGGAGAAGGCGUAAAACAAGCUCCUCCUUCGCAGCCGUUUCCUCGGCAAGGAGGUAGGACACGAUCCCCCGCCGGGGAUUGCUGCCGGUCACUGGGGAAAGAGGAAGUGCGGUCCCUGCCUGGGACUGGGCGCCUCCCAAUCAGUGAAAGAGAAGCCUCGGAGAGAAGUUAAGUCUUAACAUGUUGACACAAUCUACCCAUGGACAACAAACAUAAUUCUUGGACAACCAACAUUAAAUAUUAGGAUAGGCAAAAGGAAGCUGAUCUAGAAAAUGGUGCUUUCUGUAGCUGAGCCCAGAUCAAGACAUGGCUUGAUCUGUGGUAGAAGAUGUUCUGAAUGCUGCUGCUACCUUUGCUUGGCUAAAGAUGACUAGUUGCAGAUAUUGACCACCGCCAUUAUGACUUUAAAGCAAACAUCUAUAUCAAGUUUCUUUGCUGGAAAUAAAUUGAACAAAACUCCUCCUGCCAGAGGCAAUGUGGUGGCGCCUUUACCAAAUGAAGAAAAUGCUGAAUCCAACUCUUCUUCUAUCAGCAGGCCCACUGCUGUUUUGGAAAGAGCAUGCCACUAAGGAGUUAAGAAGUUCAACUGACUUUCCUGUAAUCACAUCAGCAGACUUGCUUGACUCUAAACCUGCCCAACCUCAUCUGUCGUCAUAUCCAGAACUUAUGGUGGAAGUACUGGGAUAUCUUAAAGCUGUAACAUUACAUCUGCAGAAGAACCUGGAUAUUGAGGCAGCAUUGAAACAUGUUAAGUGUGUUGGGAGGCUCUUGCAAGAAAUGAGAGAUAUGGUUUUCAGCAACACUUUUGAAGCAGCCAAGAGAGCCUGUGAAACUGCUGAUCAUGAAGCACCAUCAAAACAUCUUCGUAGACUCUCAUAUAAUUGUUCUGACAGUAUUGGUGGUGGUGGUAACGUUGAAGAAAGGAGUGAAACUGAGCUUGAGUUCAGAAGGCUUUAUAACAGUGUGAUUAACCACUGUGCUCAAGAAUUAGAAAGCAGAUUCAAGGAGAGAGAUAGUACUGUUAUAGUAGCAGCCUGCAAGCAUUUGCUCCAGCAUGGCAAUAAAGAAAAUUUGAAUCCACUAUGUGAAAUAUUGAAACACAACUUGGACAACUGUGAAAAGCUGGUAGACUUGCAUUUGGAGCUUCAGUUGGCAGAAUCUCUUAUUAAAGAGAGACUAUCAUUGGUGCAAUUUGCUGAUGAAUUCACACAGUUUAGAUCUGCAUUUCCUGGAAUUAAUCUUUUGGUUGAGGCUGCCUUGAUAAUUCUGGGCAGUACAACAGAUGAAAGCUGCUUUUCUCAUUCAAUGUCAGUUUUGCAUCCACUGAGAUGGUCAAUGCUACAAGAACGUAAAGCUUGUACUACAUUUGGCAGCAUCAAAGACAAGAAAACUGCUGUUGUAGUUCUUGAUUAUCUACUAGUAGGUUAUUGAUUUUUUGUUUAUUGCCACCAAUAAAAAAGAUGAAGUUGCUUAGUUAACACUUGAA